CGCUUCAUCUCGCAUCACACUCAGAAGUCAAAAGACUCAGGACUCUCGACUCCGCAGUCUCCAAUUCAACGUCUUCUUCCAUUUGGGGAUUUUUUCCCAAACCAGAGAAAAAAUCUUCCCAUGUCAAAUCCCUAAACCCUAAUCCGAAACAAUCACUAACAAAGAUGUCCUCCACCACCACCGCUGCCACCUUUCUCCUCCUCCUCCACCUCCUCCUACUUAUCUCACCUACAAUUACAUCACUUCCAAUUCUAGGUCUAGACUCAUUCCAUACUCAACAAACUCAUCUUGAUCCACAAGCAAACAAUGAUUCCUUCCUGUUACUACCAUCACAACUCAAAAAAUCACUCUCAACGCAAUCAUUCACCACUAUAUCAUCUCUUAUCACUUCACUUCUCUCGUUAGAAAUCUCAGUUCCUAUCCAUCUCAAACUCGUUGGUUCUUUCUCAUCUGAUUCUGAAUCUCUUCUCACCAAUUUCAUCUCCGCUGCUCAUUUCUCUGAUCAGUUUCAAAUCAUUGGAUCUGAUACUCAUGACCAUCAUCUCUCUAUUAAACACUCUCUUCAUCUUGAUGUUUCUCAUUCACCAUCUCUUUCUACCCAAAUCGCUGAAUCCAUCAAAUCUGAAAUCGGUGUGACGACUACGAAUUUGAGAACACCGUUGGUUUCGAUUCCUUAUUUAGUUGUGGAUAAAAUUGUUAAGAAGGAUUUUGAGAAAGAACAACCUGCUCAAGGUGUUUAUAUUUAUUUGUUGAAUUUGAAUUCGCAGUCGAAACCAUAUGCCUAUAGUUAUGGAGCUGGGGAGAGUUCAUUGGCUUAUACGAAAUGUGCUGGGAGCAUUUGGACUGGUAAAGAGAGGUAUCUUUGGAUUGAUUUAGCUGCUGGACCUGUUGAUUAUGGUCCAGCUUUGUCUGGUGAUGGAGUUAUGCCUAAAGGGGAAUUUCAUCCAUUGGCGGCUUUACAUGGAAGGCCAAAAUCGCAGAAAGCAUUGCUUUCGGAUUUAGCUUCGUUGGUUUGGAGUGCGUAUCAGGUACUUUUAGUUCCUUCUUUGAGGGUUUCUGUUCCGCUUAUGAAUUCACUUAUAGUUGAGUUUAUACAUGUUCAUGAAUCUGAAAACAAGGAUUUAAAUGGUUUAGAUUGGAAUUCUAUUGAGAGAACUUUCAUGGAUGAAGCAAAUGCAGGGGGGUUGUUACUUGGUGGUCAAUCAUUAAAGUUUAAAACAUAUGAUGUUAGUUUUAAAGAUUGUCCAUUAUGUACUUAUGCUAUCGCGGCUUCAACGAAUUCUUUUACUUCGAGGUUCUUGUUUGAGAAUUAUACUUUGAUUGCUAGUGAGUAUUUAGAUUCCAAAGGAUUGCAUCAAAUUCUUUCAGAUUCUGUAGAUGAAUUGAGAAAGGCUGCUGGAAUUCCUGAGGAGGAUUAUAGUAGUCAUGUACUUCCAGUUUAUGUAUUUGAUUUGGAAUACAAUAGAUUGAUGAUGCUCGAUCGGUAUCACCAAUCAAUUGCUUUCAAAGAUAUGGUAAUUGCUGUUAGAACAAAGAACACUCAAACCGUAAGUGAUUAUAGCUGUAAUGGCCGACACGUGAUGACACAAACACGUAAGCUUGAGAGACCGGUCGUAGGUUCUAUCUUACAGAGUAUGUGGGGAGUUUCGCCAACCCAUUUGAAAUGGAGCCCACGACAUAAUAACACUUUGGUAGAUUAUACUUGGAGUAUUGGGCAAACCCCAUUUGGGCCAUUUUCAGAGUCGUCGACUUUAUCUUUUGUUCAAAAGGAUGCCGCUCGAAGAAAUGUUCUUGUUUCAGCUUUGAAUGACACAGUUACUAGUGCAAUCAAUUUGCUAGAAUCAAUAUCUGCACAUGGGGGAGAUAGAAAACUUCUUAAACAAGGUCGGCAUGUUGAGUUCGUACAGCGGUGGAAUAUGCUAAAGUACAAGUUGGACAAGGUUGUGUCUGCAUUGUCUCAUAUGGAUUUCGAGAAGGCUUUGUAUUAUUACAGGUCUUCUGAUCAUGAUUUAUUUGCCAUCCACAACCUCGUUUACCAUGCCACAGAAGAAAUGGAGUCAUCUCUUGUUUGUUUUAAGGAUCCACCAUUUCCAUGGGGUGCUGUAUCAAUAGCUGGGUCAGUUACAUUUGCUUUCAUUUAUGUCUAUGCAAAAAGAGACCAGAUCUUUAAAAGCAAGAGAAAGCAGUUUUGAUUGUUUUAACAGAUUUAGAUAUUUUCGUCCAUUGAACAUCUUGCUCUGUCCCUGUGUUAAUGUAGAACAUAACCUGCAAGUCUUUCAUAUACUUUUUGAUCUUGUGUCAUCAUAUACUUUUUCAUAUCUUGAUCAUUGUUUUUGUUUAGA